GUGUCUGUAGGAAACGAAGGGCUCCUGGGGAGGAAUCCCUGUGUGCUGGGGGGGCUGGUGUGGAGGGUCCACCCCAGAGGGUGCCUAGCCAGCACAGUGCAUUGUCUGGAGGUAUUGGAACUUUGACUGAAGAAUACAUAUCAUGCACUGGAGAAGAUUAAAAGUGGCCUAAGUUUUCCACGGAGCCUGGUUCUCUCCUGCAGUUCCUGAACUUGUCUCCUCUGCUCUGGGAAGCUGAAGAUGAGGUUGCUAUGGGAGCUGCUCGUGCUGCAAUCAUUCAUGGUGUGCCUUGCAGACGACAACAUGCUGCACGGGCCGGUUUUCCUGCAGGAGCCCAGCAGUGUGAUCUUCCCCUUGGAUUCAGAGGAAAAGAAAGUGAAGUUAAACUGCGAAGUGAAAGGAAAUCCCCGGCCAACCAUUGGGUGGAAGUUAAAUGGAACCAACAUUGACCUCGGUAUGGAUUACCGCUACAGCACGGUGGAAGGCAACCUGUUGAUCAAUAAUCCCAAUAAAACUCAAGAUACUGGAACAUACCAGUGUGUAGCAACAAACCCAUUCGGAAGGAUCAUUAGCAGAGAAGCAAAGCUUCAGUUUGCUUAUCUCGAGAACUUCAAGACCAGGGUAAGAAGCACAGUGUCCGUCCGCCAGGGCCAGGGCAUGGUGCUGCUGUGUGGACCGCCGCCGCACUCUGGAGAGCUCACCUACGCCUGGAUCUUCAAUGAGUACCCAUCGUUCGUGCACCAGGACAACCGCCGCUUCGUCUCGCAGGAGACGGGGAAUCUGUACAUCGCAAAGGUGGAAGCUUCAGACGUGGGCAACUACACGUGUGUGGUGACCAACACAGUGACCAACAGCCGGGUCCUGGGCCCUCCCACCCCGCUCAUCCUCAGGAACGACGGGGUGAUGGGGGAAUACGAGCCGAAAAUAGAAGUGCAGUUCCCAGAAACAGUUCCGUCUGCAAAAGGAACAGCGGUGAAACUGGAGUGCUUUGCCCUGGGAAACCCCGUUCCUACGAUCAGCUGGAGGAGAGCAGAUGGGAAACAGAUUCCCAGAAAAGCCAGGAGACACAGAUCAAAUGGACUUCUGGAGAUCCCAAAUUUUCAGCAAGAAGAUGCUGGACUCUAUGAGUGUGUUGCUGAAAAUGUGAGAGGGAAAAACGUGGCACGAGGACAGCUGACAUUUUAUGCUCAGCCCAACUGGAUUCAGAAGAUCAGUGAUGUGCACGCAGCCAUUGAGGAAAAUGUCUUCUGGGAGUGCCAUGCGAGCGGGAGGCCGAAGCCCUCAUACCGCUGGCUGAAGGAUGGUGAACCUCUACUGCCUCAGGGCAGAGUUCAGAUAGAGCAGGGCUCACUGACCAUAAGGAAUGUCAGCCUGUCGGAUGCCGGCAUGUAUCAGUGUGUCGCGGAAAACAGACACGGCACCAUUUUUGCCAGUGCAGAACUGAGUGUCAUAGCUGUUGGUCCAGACUUUUCCAAAACGCUUCUGAAAAAGUUAACUCUUGUGAAAGUGGGCGGUGAAGUAAUCAUUGAGUGCAAGCCGAAAGCCUCCCCCAGACCUACUUAUUCUUGGAAGAAAGGAAAAGACAUCCUAAGAGAAAAUGAGAGAAUCACUGUUUUGGAUGACGGCAGCCUCCGAAUUGUCAACGUCACCAAGUCGGACACAGGGAGCUACACCUGCGUGGCCACCAACCACUUCGGGACAGCGAGCAGCACUGGCAGCUUGGUUGUGAAAGAUCCAACACGGGUUAUGGUGUCGCCCUUCAGCAUGGAUGUCACUGUUGGAGAAAGUAUCGUCUUGCCUUGCCAGGUGUCUCACGAUCACUCACUCGAUAUCGUGUUUACCUGGUCAUUCAAUGGGCAUCUGAUAGACUUUGAAAAAGAUGGGGAUCACUUUGAAAGAGUCGGCGGGCAGGAUUCAGCUGGUGAUUUGAUGAUCAGAAGCAUCCAGCUGAAGCAUGCUGGGAAAUACGUCUGCAUGGUGCAAACAAGUGUGGACAAGCUAUCUGCUGCUGCAGACCUGAUUGUAAGAGGACCCCCAGGCCCACCCGAGGAUGUGACGAUCGAUGAGAUCACCGACACCACGGCCCAGCUGUCCUGGAGGCCCGGGGCAGACAAUCACAGCCCCAUCACCAUGUAUGUGGUGCAGGCCCGGACGCCUUUCUCGGUGGGCUGGCAGGCUGUGAGCACAGUACCAGAGGUGAUCGACGGCAGGACGUUCACAGCCACUGUGGUGGGCCUCAACCCUUGGGUCGAGUAUGAGUUUCGAGUCGUGGCUGCCAACCUGAUUGGGAUAGGGGAGCCAAGCAGACCAUCAGAGAACAGAAGAACUGAAGAAGCUCUUCCUGAAGUCACCCCAGCCAAUGUCAGCGGAGGCGGUGGGAGCAAGUCAGAGCUGGUCAUUACAUGGGAGACCGUGCCCGAGGAGCUGCAGAACGGAGGUGGCUUUGGCUACGUGGUGGCCUUCCGCCCCUUUGGCACCAUCAGCUGGAUGCAGACCGUCGUGGCCUCCCCAGAUGCCUCCAGAUACGUCUUCCGCAAUGAGAGCCUGCCGCCCUUCUCACCCUACGAAGUGAAAGUGGGGGUGUACAACAACAAGGGGGAAGGUUCCUUCAGCCCCGUGACGGUCGUGUACUCAGCAGAGGAAGAGCCAACCAGAGCUCCGAUCACGGUUCUUGCCAGAAGCCUUUCUGCCACAGACAUUGAAAUUUCUUGGGCUCCUCCUCGAGAGAAUCAGCACAAAGGAAGGAUACAGGGCUAUGAGGUCAGGUGUUGGAGACAUGACGAAAAGGAAGAGAACGCGAGAAAGAUCAGGACAGUUGGUAACCAAACAUCUGCCAAAGUCACCAACCUGCAGGGCAAUGCACUCUAUCACCUGGCAGUCAAGGCGUACAACACUGCUGGCACCGGUCCGUCCAGUGCCAUGGUCAACGUGACGACAAAAAAGCCACCACCAAGUCAACCCCCUGGGAACAUCAUAUGGAACUCAUCAGACUCCAAGAUCAUACUGAACUGGGACCAAGUGAAAGCACUGGAUAAUGAGUCAGAAGUGCGGGGCUACAAAGUUCUGUACAGGUGGAACAGGCAGAGCAGCGCGUCCGUGAUUGAAACCAACAGGACCUCUGUGGAACUCUCCCUGCCCUUUGACGAGGACUACAUCAUCGAGAUAAAGCCCGUCAGCGAUGGGGGCGAUGGCAGCAGCAGUGAGCAGAUCCGGAUCCCAAAGAUCUCAAAUGCAUACGCAAGAGGAGGCGGCUCUUCGACCUCCAACGCCUGCACACUGUCGGCCAUCAGCACGAUAAUGAUCUCGCUCACAGCUCGGUCCAGUUUAUGACAAAAAUUACACGGAGGACUUCUUGUUUAUAAUAUAAGCAACAUUUAGCUAGCUGUUUCGAAGACACCCAGUACCAAGUAAUAUUGUGGUUUGAGUACAUCUUACUACUGGAAAAAUGUUUAUGCUUCUUUAGGAAUGGCAUUAUACAGUACUUCCUCAAAGCAAAUAUAGCUUUGUCUGAAGUUUCCUUGGAAACUCUGCAAUGCACUGAAAACAUCUGUAAUAUGAUGUUACCAAAGCAGUUUACAUAUGUCCUUAUAUGCAUAUUUUUUAUUAUAUAUUUAGUGUUUUAUAGAAUUUUUUAAAGUUAACAUAUGAUGUAGAUAUUAAUUUUUCCUCUGCUAUAAAAUGCUAUGGACAACAUUAUCAUGAAAAUAUUGUUUGGAAUUUUUUCCUUUCUGACCGAGAGUUCCACGUUGUUCUUAGUCAGUUGGCCGCCACUUUCCUGUAUGGUGUCACAGGGCUCCGCGGGGCAGAACUGCGUCCCACCGGGUUCAGAGUGAGCGGCGAUCCUUGUGUGAACCCAGUGCUGUUAGCACACAAGAUUUUCCAUGUUAUUCAGAGGAUUCAGCGAGACAGACUCCAAAUGCUCAGAAAGAACACUAUGAUCUUGAAACAAAACACACAGAUUUCGGUUGUUUGCGGACUACAGGACAUGUAGCUGAUAUUCUGGCAUCACGCAGUAAGGUUCCAUUUUUACUGUCUUGAAAUAGCUUUGUCUUUAUCAUAAUCAGCAUUAAAUUGGGAAGGAGUGGAGGUAGGUGGAGAUGUUGGGUACCAGUGGGUGUCUCCCGAGGGCCCCGCUGCAAACCUGGCUCAUCCCAUGCCUACGUUGCUCCAAGGACACCGAGAGCAGCACUCCAAGACGCAGUGCAGCCGGGCUCAGCGCUGCCCAAACGCUUUCCUCCCUCGUCCCAUAUCAUCCUCCUCUCCAGCCCAUUCUGGCACACGCCGGGGUCCGGUGUGGGGAGAGGGAGCCCACAGCUCUUGGGAACCCCUCGGAGGAACCUGGAGGCGUAACAGCGGCACGCCGGAAAACGACAAUAUCCACAGCAAAAAUCAUCUUCUUCAGAGAAGGACUGUUUGUUACUACGGGGUACUUUUGUACGUUCACUCAGAUGGGAUAACGCUAGUACAAGGCAAUGGAAUUUUCUAUAAAAUUUUCAAGUUUAAAUGCGCAGCAGUGGUUUAUUAUUAUUUUUUCCUGAUAGCUUGAAUUUGCCUGUAACUUGUCUUUUUUGCUUACAAAAUAAUACAGUUAACUUUUAGACCUUCUAAAUAUAUUUAUUCGGUAACGCAUAAUCAGGAUUCCACUUGUGUAAAAGUCAGGGGUGUUGACCAGAGAAAUAUUGUCAGUAUUUCAAGCUGUGUUUCUUUCUUAGUUUGAUAUGGUUACUUCUAUGUAAAAAAAAAAAAAGAAAAGAAAAAAAAAGAAAAAAGAA